CCCUUUUGAAUGUUGGUCACGAUUGUAGUAGGGGCGCAGUAUUUUUUCCCCGGUGGUACUUGGUGUUAAAAGUUUGAGAAUCACCGACUUGAAUGACAGCAAGUGGUUUUAUUUUGGAAGUGAAGGUCUGGUAGACAUAAACAGCAGGCGAACUCUUCGACAGUGGACACAGAGCCAUGUCAGCUUUAAGGUGCUGCCAGGCUGCUGGCUGCUGGCUGCAGGUGCGGCGUGGUGUCACCCGGCCCCCCGUCCGCAUCAGAUGUGUCAGUAGCCUCGAGGCAGGCUCAAGACCAUCUGAGGAAGAGCAACUCUGGGAAACGGCGGCGGCAGCUCUGCCUGUUUCUGCGGCCAGGCUGGGAUCUUUCUUUCAGGACAGACCUGUGCUCAAGAACCCUUUUCUGGAGGAUGCCUUAUUGAGGGGAUACUUGAGGAGGCACCUGCCUCAAGAGGCAGUGUUCGCAGACUUGUGUGCCUUUGGCAAGCGCGUGGUGACGGAGGUGGACCUGUGGGGCAGAGAGUGUGAAGUCACUCCCCCGCGGCUGACGCACUUUGACCCCUGGGGACGCAGAGUGGACCACAUCGUGACCUCCCCGGCGUGGAAACGCAUGAAAGUUCUGUCAGCAGAGGAGGGACUAGUCGCCAUCGCCUAUGAGAAGCGGUUUGGAGAGUGGAGUCGAGUUUAUCAAAUGAGCAAGUUGUACAUCUUCUCCCCGUCCUCUGGCCUCUACACUUGUCCCCUGGCCAUGACUGACGGCGCUGCCAAAGUCAUUCAGUCCAUAGGUGUUCCUUGGCCUGUAGAAGAAGCCUACAGGCGACUAACCAGCCGUCAGCCUGAACAUUUCUGGACAUCAGGGCAGUGGAUGACAGAAAGACAAGGAGGCUCAGAUGUAGCCGGUGGCACAGAAACAAUGGCUGUACUCCAAACAGACGGCUGGUACAAACUUUAUGGCUUCAAGUGGUUCACGUCAGCCACGGAUGCAGACAUGACUCUCACACUGGCCAGAGUGCGUGACAGAACAGGAGCAACGACACCGGGCAGCCGAGGUUUGUCUCUCUUCUACGCAGAGGUGAGUCGAGACCAAGAUGGCUGUUUGAGAGGGAUCGAAGUUCAGAGGCUGAAGGACAAACUCGGCACCAGACAGAUGCCCACAGCCGAGUUACUGCUGGACGGCCUCCAGGCACACCGGCUAUCAGAAGAAGGACGAGGUGUGGCCUCCAUAGCGAACAUGCUAACUAUAACCAGGAUCCACAACAGCAUCUCUGCAGCAGCAGCAAUGAGAAGGGUGGUCCAUUUAGCGCGUGACUAUGCCACUCGCCGCUCUGCUUUCGGAAAGCUUAUUAAAGAGCACCCGCUGCACAUGCAGACCCUUGCCAGGAUGGAGGGGGUGUGCAGACUUUCUAUAUGCUUGCGACGCACGCAGGUGGAGACCCGUGGAGCUUUCCUCCUGGCGAUGGACGCGUGUCGCCUGCUGGGACGAGAGGAGAGCGGCAUCGCCACCCAACUUGAUACGCACCUCUUACGUCUGCUCACACCUGUUGUCAAACUCUACACCGGUAAACAGGCAGUCGCCGUGUUGUCGGAGGGUUUGGAGAGCUUUGGCGGGCAGGGCUACAUCGAGGACACGGGGCUGCCAGGACUGCUUCGAGAUGCACAGGUGCUGAGCAUAUGGGAAGGGACAACAAAUGUUUUGUCCCUGGACGUGCUGCGCUCUGUGGCUCGAAGUUCAGGAAUGGUUCUCCACGCUUAUUUCACCCAUGCCAAAUCCCUGCUCGCAGGCGCUUCAAGCGUCUCCUCUUUGGGCCCAGCUGGGAGAGCAGUAGACGGGGCUCUCUCUGAACUAGAAGGCUUUGUCCAGGAGGCAGCCACCAGAGCGCCGAGCUAUCUGGAACUCGCAGCCAGAGACUUGGCGUACAGCCUGGCUCGCAUCUAUACGGGUGCCCUUCUCAUUGACCAUGCAAGUUGGAAAGGAGCGUCUCCAGCUGACAUCUACGCAGCUCUCAGGUGGUGUGAACAGGACUUAUGCAUCGUGGCAUCCAACAAGGCGAGAGGAUGCUACGAUGCUAACUGUCAAGGACUCGAUUCAGCACUUGUGUACGACCAAGCGACCGAUGGCGAAAACUGAUGCGUACUGUAAUUGGAAUGAUUAAACAGUACUUCAGCUUUA